AUAACGAACAGAAUGUAUCUGUCUCAGUCUGGGGCGAUCUCACCCAUGAUUCCACACCAAUCUUGGCCUCAUCCUACUGGUUGACUUGAUAACCAGCUCCGAACCAUCCCGGUAUUGGCAUCCCUGAGGUUUGGAGACCAUUGGAUCAACUAGUUGAACGGGGGUGACCUUCUGCCAAUUAGUUCUACGUUAAAUUGAGAUCCCAGGACAAUCACCCGCCCCUGCCUGCACCAUGGGACAGGAACAAGCUUCGAUUCCGGCCCAAGAGUUGCGUGCCUUCUUCCACGAGUGUGAUACCUACCGGACUGGACAAGUUCACGCCCAAGAUUUGGUGCGCACCAUUCAAGGCUACGCCCAGACGUCGCAAAUUGACAAAUGGGCCUUGGAGGAUCUCAGCUUGGGCUUGGACCCGCAGCGGGACAAUGCCUUCAUUGAUUGCGCCACCUUCAUCGCCAUCACGCAAGCUUGGGCUCUCAAAGUCAGGCAAGAUCAGUGUUAUUCAUCGUUAAUGGAGUCAAAUAGAAUGAAGACUGCAUGUUUAGAUCGUUUGCAGAUCGACCAAGACCAGGAAAAUGAUCCCGCCCACCAAUCUUCCUUCGGAUUACUAAAUCAGUCGGAUUUUGCUGGGUCCUCGGAGAGCGAUGGUCCCUUGGCUCUGUGCUCCUCCAAAAUCGACCCGAAUAUGACCGAAUUGAGCGGGGAAAUUCAAGUGUUGAAACGAGCUCUCCAGAAGCUCUCGGAUGAGAAGACCUCAUUGCAACGCCAAUAUUCCACCUCUGACGACUUGUGUAGCCAACUUCAGACCGAGAAUCAGACCUUGAAGGCCCGCCUGGAAGCCACUCUGGCCAGUUUAGACGUGGCCAGCAAGUAUCAGCUGGAAUACGAGGAACUCAAAAGUCUCUCCAUGGCCAAGGAAGAGAGAUGUUCUGAUCUGAGGGGACUCUUGGAGAGCAAUCACGACAAGAUCCGCGAUCUAUUACAAGAGAAUCAUCGACUUCAAACGGAGUUGGGAGGCGCUCAAGAUGCCUUGACGCUGGCUCGCAAAAACACCAAUGACGCCGUUGGUGUGACGGAGAAACUGAAACACGAAGCCGAAGUGCUUCGGGAGACCAACCAGGAGAAAACUCAAGAGUUGGACAAGCUCCGCAAUCUCCUUCUAGCGUGCGAAAGGAAAGUCAUGAAGGCCAUGGAAGAAACUGAGAUCAAGACCGCUGAAAUCGAGAGCUUACGAGCGAGUCUGAGUAAGAUGGAUGAUGAACUCCGAAGAGCCACAUUGGAAGGAGUGAGUGCUAAGAUCGCCGAAAGUCCGGAAGUUGAUGCCGACUCGGUUUUCGAGGGUGGAGUGACUGACGAUGGAUUGUGGUAUCACAUCAAUCGGAGGUCCAUCGGACCCAAGUUUUUCUCUACCCCUUUUGAAAAGCGACUCGUCUCCAUGCCCAGAGAAUCCAUUGGAGACGAGAUCAAAGAAAUGGGCGUUGGCGGAAAGUCGCCGUUUUGUGAAAAACCCUCCGACGACGAAGACACCCAAGAAACACGGGCAUUGACUCACAUCACCGUCGAAAGAGGCUCCACCCCAGUUUGUCAAGACCCUUGGCAAUACCUCUUACCUAUUGCCAUCCUUGUCCUUGGCACACUUGUCAUAGUGAUUCUCUUCGGAAAAGUCAAGCUCGAUCAUUUGGAUUACUAUCCAAUUUUGUGGCCAAGUGCUUUUCCCGAACCCUUCACAAUUUUCGAAUUGUCUCGUUCCACCAUGAUAGCUUAUUAGGCGUCUGCCAUAACCUAAAAUUGACCGGCAUUAUUUACCCUCUGCCCAUUGAAAGAUGAAAUUAAGAUGUCUUCUUAGAAUAA